UUUAUUGCACUGGCUCAAUAUAAACUCUCUUCCCUCUCCUUUUCCCCCAGGCUAAUGUCAUGUGUCCUCCGCUGCAGUGCCUAAAUAUGGGCUUCCUCCACUCCAUAUAUGGACAUCUACGUCACAGAGAGAGGGUAUAUAAAGGAGUCAGAAUUCUCAGCGCAGGAAAGACAGCCCUCAGUGCCCAGAACAGCCAAUGCAAGAGCAGCGAUAGACAGAUACUCACUCACAUACUGCACUAUCUCCCUAACCGAAAACAAUUUACAGAGAAAGUAAAAGUGAAAUCAAAAACAACAACAACACAUUAUCCAAAAAGCCAGCACCCUAAUUGGAUUCAACCAGUGAAAAGAAACAAAAUAUAUGAAUGAUUACUUAUCACCCAUUUUAGGGAAUGAGUAAAAGGGACACAUCUGAUCUGAAUGAUAUUUUCUGAAAGAAAAUAAAAAAGUGGAUUUUACUCAUCUUGGACAAAAGGAAGAAAAAUACAAGAAGACUUGAAGAACCAGAAGAAAGAGGGAAAUCAAACGGAAGAGAAGAAAAUAUAUCCUCAUCCUCAGCAGCAGUAGCAGUCUGACCCUGCUCCCUGAGGUGGACUGGUGAUUCCACUCUGCCCAGCCUCGCUGCACUCCUCUUCAGCCUCCAGCACAGCCUCAGCCCCCUACAGGUCCACAUCCCUGGAGGAUGGCUGCAACCAAGACAGAGAUGCUCCUUCCAGCCCUGCAGAUCUCAGACCCCCUCAGCUUCCCCCACUCUCCCAUGGAUAACUACCCCAAGCUGGAGGAGAUGAUGAUGCUGAGCUCCGCUGGGACCCCCUUCCUCUCUGCCUCAGCGCCCGAGGGAGCAGGCUUCGGAUCGGGGGAGCAAGGAGAGCAGUAUGACCACCUUAAUGGAGAUACGUUACCUGAUAUCUCCAUGAACUGUGAGAAGUCGAUGGCAGAGCAGAGCUACUCCACCCAGCGGCUGCCUCCCAUCUCCUACACCGGCCGCUUCACCCUGGAACCAGCCACCAACUGCAGCAACAGCCUGUGGGCCGAGCCCCUGUUCAGCCUGGUCAGCGGGCUAGUGGGGAUCAACCCCCCCUCCACCUCCACCCUGUCCUCCUCCGCCUCUCAGACCGGCACCUCUUCCUCGUCCCCAUCCCCUAUCUCCUCCGUCACCAUCUCCUCUCAGAGCUCCAGCCUGAGCUGCUCUGUCCACCACAGUGAGAAUAACCCCAUCUACUCAGCUGCUCCUACGUACUCCAACACCAGCUCUGACAUCUUCUCUGACCAGGGCUUCCCCAUCCCCGCGGGGGGAUCGCUCCAGUACCCCCCUCCAGCCUACUCCAACGGCAAGACAUGUGGCUCUAGCUUUCCUGUGCCCAUGAUCCCUGACUACCUCUUCCCCCAGCAGCAGGGGGAGAUAAGCCUACUACAGGAUCAGAAGCCCUUCCAGAAUGGGUCUGGCCAGCCCUCCCUCACUCCCCUGUCCACCAUCAAAGCCUUUGCCACCCAGACAGGCUCCCAGGACCAGAAGAGUGUCUACCAGUCCCAGCUGAUCAAGCCGAGCCGCAUGCGCAAGUACCCCAACCGGCCCAGCAAGACACCGCCCCACGAGAGGCCUUACGCCUGCCCUGUGGAGACGUGCGACCGCCGCUUCUCCCGCUCCGAUGAGCUGACGCGCCACAUCCGCAUCCACACGGGCCAAAAGCCCUUCCAGUGCCGCAUCUGCAUGCGCAACUUCAGCCGCAGCGACCACCUGACCACGCACAUUCGCACGCACACUGGCGAGAAGCCCUUUGCCUGUGAGAUCUGUGGACGCAAGUUCGCCCGCAGCGAUGAGAGGAAGAGGCAUACCAAGAUCCACCUGAGGAAAAAGGACAAGAAGGCGGAGAAGGGCGGGGUGGCCGGGACGGUGGCAGUAGCAGAAGCACCAGUAUCAGCCCCCUCCCCAGUCUCUAGCUACCCCUCUCCCAUCAUCUCCUACCCUUCCUCAGUCUCCUCCUACCCCUCUUCAGUCACAUCCUGCUACUCCUCUCCGGUCCACACCUCGUACCCCUCUCCCUCCAUUGCCACCUCGUACCCCUCUCCCUCCAUCGCCACCUCGUACCCCUCUCCCUCCAUCGCCACCUCGUACCCCUCUCCCUCCAUUGCCACCUCGUACCCCUCUCCCUCCAUCGCCACCACCUACCCCUCUGUCUCCAUGUCCAUGUCCAGUCCCUUUCAGUCCUCCAUGGCCUCCUCCUUCCCCUCCUCCGUAGCCUCCAUCUACUCCUCUCCGGUCCCCACCCCGCUAUCAGACAUGCAUUCCACACUCUCCCCAAGAACAAUCGAGAUCUGCUAAGCAAUAGAAAGAGAAAAUGUACUUUUUAUUCUCUCCUCCUCCUCCUCCUCCUCCUCCUCCUCCUCCUCCUCCUCACCACACCGUACAGUCUCUUUGAGGGGAGAAAUCAGCAUCAACAGACUUAUUCCCCUUCUGAAAAGCACUUUUCUGCCUGCUCCCUCUGCAAGCUCUGUUCAGUAAAUCCUCAGAUUCACCUGAAGAAGAGAUUAAAACACAGGUCAAGGACCGGGCAAAGACAAUAUAGAACACAUAAAGGGAUUUUCUCCUCUCAGUUGGUAAAGCAAAUGCAGGGCUUAAAACAAGGCAUAUUAAACUUUCUAGAGCCAGAGUUGAAACAGGUGAAGACAGGUUGGUCGUUCCUAUGAGUGAACACACAGAGACAGACAGACAGACUGAACAUCCAGUCGUCCUGGCACUAAGGCACUAAGAAACAGACAGACAGACAGACUGAACAUCCAGUCGUCCUGAUACUAAGGCACUAAGAGACAGACAGACUGAACAUCCAGUCGUCCUGAUACUAAGGCACUAAGAGACAGACAGACAGACUGAACAUCCAGUCGUCCUGGUACUAAGGCACUAAGAGACGUUAUAUGUAUAUUGUACUUGUGCCAUGUUUUCUUAUAUUUUUUCGCAUUAUUUGGUACCAUUGAUGUGAAAAACGUAUUUGCAUAUUUGAAGUCAGCAGGGCCAUAUUUUAUAUUCUAAUACUUUCUCUAUGAUGAUGUAGUGAUGACAAUGAUGUGAUACAUUAUUUACUUUGUUUGAUGACGAACUAAGCACUUAAGUAUUCAAGCAUGUGUUAAUAGUGAUGUUAGUUUCUAUUGUUUCGUAAAUAUCAUCCACUGGUACUAGAUUUCUCUUUCUCACGUCAUGUGACAUAUCAGUCUGUUACGUGGACAAAAACACUUCACGUAAAAAAUCAAAAAACAAUACCACCGUUCCUGUUUUUGGUGCCUUUAUGUGAAGCCUUGCUGAUGUUUUGACAUGUCUGCGUGCAAGAGAGGAUGCGUUGCGUCUCGCCUUAAGGGUUGAAGGGAUAUUUUUGUUACAGAAUGGAAGUCAUGUUCAGACUCUGAAGAAGUAAAGAAAGGGACAUGAUUAUAUGAGGGCACCGCUUCAUUUUUUUUUACAAUGUAAGCAAAGGAGAGAAAUUAUUAACUAUAUUUUUGUAACUGUAAAUGUAAAUAUCCACGUCUUCAAGUUGGAAUGUUGUAGUUACCUACUGAGUAGGCAUGGGAUUCUUUUGUAUGUUAUAUACAUGCGGUUCAUUAUUUGGUGGUUUAUCCUUAUUUUGUAUUUGUGUUUGUUAAACCAAGUGACUGUUUCUGGCUUCUCAACACAUUGAAUGCGCUUAACUGCCAAUGGGAUAUUUGAUGUACAAGAUAUCCUCCCAGAAAUGAAAUAUAAAUAAAAUAUAAAUAUAUAUGUAUAGAAUUUC